AGUCAGUAAUCCAAUAUGGCGGGCGAAGUUCAAAUCUUUCAGUUAAAGAUUGUGGCUCUUGGUUAUACAAAUUAAUGUUUGGAUUUGUUCCAUAUCACAGAUCAAACGACUUUUGAGAUCGCUGCCUGUAGCGAAAUGCAGAAUUACAUGCAUCAGCUGCCACACAUCAGGCCCACGAGACACAUCACGGAGGAAAAACUGUGUCAAAUCCUGGAGACUUUUCACAAUGCAGAUGAUGGGAGGAAAGGAUUCUUAACAAAUGAGGAUCUUAAAGUAGCAUUUGUGGCCCUGUUUGGUUACAAGCCAUCAAAGAAUGAAGUAGGGCAACUAAUGGCCAAGUGCAGUGGGUUGCCUAGCGACCAAUCGCUGACCAAGAGGUCUGAAGACUUUAGGAUUGAACAAACUCCCGAUACCCCCAAUGUUGGUAUGUCUUUAGAGCGCUUCGCAGAGAUAGCAAAAGCUAAAAUUCUGGUCGAAGAUUACGACGACGAAAUUCGGCAGAUGUUUAUUGCAUUUGAUGUAAUGUGUCGCGGUUUUAUCACGUUGGACAUUGCUAAAAGGGUGUUCCAGCAAGUUGCUCCAUUUUUGGACGCCGUCACCGUAGAGAAGUUGUUUCGAGAAGCGGACAUGGAUCGAGAUGGGAGAGUGAGUUACAGAGACUUUGAAUUCAUAAUGAAGUAUACCUUGGAUGACGAACUGUAGCGCGAAAUGCUAUUCGAAAUAUUAACAAACGUGAUCAAUGCUUCAAGAUUUUGAUCGAAGUUCGAAGUUAACUUAUGGGUACUUUUAAACGUUGCUCAAAAAAAGAUAAUUUGAAAUGUGUCAAAAUGUAGCGCACAAGUGGGAAAUAAGUUAAAAGUAUUUUAGUACCUUACCGUUGCUACUCCUCUCAUCAGUUUGUGUGAACUCUGAUUUCUCGAUUCUGCAACACUUUCUUUGACAACAUUUUGAAAUGCAUGCUGAAUUAGCUUUAAAUCAAAGGAAAUCUAGAUGUCAUAAUGUUAUAAAGUAGAAAUCACCUAAAAAGUUUUUAAGAUACCUCAAAGUAACGGUUUAGGGGAAACGGACUAGCUUGGUUGAUGUCCGGAAACGUAGGUGGAGGCGGCAUGAGGCAGAUUAAAAUAGACACGGUUGAAUACUGAAUGGGUCAGUUAUUUUCAAAUAGUAAUAAAGAUUGAUUGCAGA